AUGCCUGUCGAGUUGCGCAAGCGCAAGGCGCAUCAACAGCCCGCUCCCGCGCCGGCUCCCAAGAAGAAGGCUGCUGCUGCUACCAAGACCAAGAAGGCUGCUGGAGCUGCUAAGCCGGCCAAGAAGGCAAAGGCAGCUCAGGAAGAGCCUGAGAAGCCCUCCAAGGCCGAGCCCGAGCCUGAGCCCGAGUCCAAGGACGAGGCUGCUGAGGAAACUGCCAAGCCCGAGGAGAAGAAGAAGGCCAACGGCGAAAAGCUGUCUGUUGGUGAUGAAAUCUCCCUGGAUGACUUUGGCGGCAAGAUCCAGACAAACGAUGGCAAGGAGACCACCCUCAAGGAGCUUGUUGACGAGAGCAAGGCUGGAGUGGUUUUGUUUACCUACCCCAAGGCAUCCACCCCAGGCUGCACCACUCAAGUUUGCCUCUUCCGCGACUCAUAUGAGCCGCUGACUGCCGACGGCCUCGCCAUCUACGGCCUGAGCAAUGACUCCCCCAAGGCCAACACCACCUUCAAGGAGAAGCAGAAGCUUCCAUACCCCCUUCUCUGUGACCCGAGCCAGACCCUUAUUGGAGCAAUUGGUCUGAAGAAGACCCCCAAGGGCACCCAGCGAGGUGUGUUUGUUGUCAACAAGGACGGCAAGGUGCUUGUUGCCGAGGCUGGCGGCCCUGCUGCCACCGUCGAGCGGGUCAAGAAGCUCGUUGAGGAGCUCAAGGCCUGA